AUGCUGGAAACAAUCCCCCACGUCAUCCUCGUUCUCUCCGGGAAAGGCGGUGUUGGUAAAUCUUCAGUCACGGUCCAGCUCGCCCUCUCCCUUGUGCGCGCUGGUAAAAGAGUCGGUGUAUUGGAUGUAGACCUUACAGGCCCCAAUAUCCCACGCAUGUUCAAUGUCGAGGAUGAGAAGAUCCGACAAGCGCCUGGCGGGUGGGUUCCUGUGCGGGUGGGGGAGCGGGAAGAGGGGCAGGAAGAUACAAGGAUCCAGCUCAUGAGUUUAGGGUUCCUCUUGAAGGAUCGCGGCGACAGUGUAGUGUGGAGAGGCCCCAAGAAGACGGCCAUGGUUAGGCAAUUUGUUACUGAUGUGCUCUGGGAGGACGUAGAGUAUUUGUUGAUCGAUACGCCGCCAGGGACCUCGGACGAGCAUAUUUCCUUAGCUGAGCAGCUGCGCAAUGUCAACCCAGACGGUGCAGUGAUUGUUACUACGCCCCAGGCAAUCUCGACAGCUGAUGUGCGUAAGGAGCUUAACUUUUGUAAGAAAGUUGGGAUAAACGUCCUCGGUGUGGUUGAAAACAUGAGUGGCUUUGUGUGUCCUCACUGCAGCGAGUGCACAAAUGUGUUCUCGUCGGGUGGGGGGCUGGUCAUGGCAAAUGAGUUUGGAGUUGAGUUCCUGGGGAAGGUACCAAUUGACCCGGCGUUCAAUAUGAUGAUUGAGAGCCAGGGAGCUGGGAGGGGGAUCACUGAGAGGUUGGUUGUGAAGGUGAGUCCGCCGGAGAAGGGUAGGGAUGAGAAAGCUUUAUCAGAUGUUUCUGGCCUGAAUUGA